AUGCUCAAACCUCUGAGCAAGCUGGCUCCGAUUGUGCCCAAUAUCUUCGAUGACGACGAUGUGGAUGGUUGGCAGGAAAUGCCCGUCGUCCGUGCCUCCGAUCCAAAUCUCGCACUGGACGAAGAGGACCAGAAGAAAUAUCACUAUGUGGUCCCUUCUGGGAGGCUUGCAACUGAGGGGAGGAAUGCUACUGGGAAUCUUAUCGACUUCGAUGACAUGGGCAACGAAUGGCGGGAGAAGCUCGAAGCUGAUGAAGAGGAGUAUACUCGUUUGAGACUCGAUGAUGAUGACGAUGCGGACGAAGCCUAUCUGCGCACGCGCUACCUGUUUGACGAAGACAAGGCCAUGACGCCGUUGAGUCAAAUGCAGGCGACCAAGGAUCUUCUUACUGAAGCGCAGCGUAUUGCGUAUGUUGGACUGGUUUCAUUGGUAGCACGUAAAAUGCUGCAAAUGUUGCAGCAAUCACGGCGGAAGGAGGUGAAUCUAGCGAUCAAAGCUAUGGACUUGUGGAGGUUACGAAUCCUUGGCCGUUUAUUCUAUCAUAUGGAGCUGGAGACGGAGGAGCAGAAGAUGAUCGAAAGUCUCGCUGAGCACGGUGUCGAUCCCAUGGACCUCGUCCCAUCCUUGUUGACCACCCAUACUGUCGCCAACCCAGAGUAUGAUCCAGCCGAAGCGCGUAAGAAACAGGUCGAAGAAUCUCGGCAUGCAGAUUCUGCGUCACCCGAAAAUAGCCCACCUACUCUGCCAGCAUCUCCCACCUCUCCAUUUCCACAUGGCCUAGAAGGACAGCCCAAAGAGCAUAGCAUGCUUCGUCCUGGUCAAUCUGUACUAAGCCAAACAACUGCGAACAUAAUGCAGCCUAACCAAGCAACCUCGGUCCCUGGUGUCAGCACAACUCUGUCUUCCACCGAUGAAAAUGUCACCUUGGACAUUCGGUGGACAGUUCUAUGCGAUCUGUUUUUGAUCCUCAUUGCCGAUAGCGUCUAUGAUGCCCGAUCUCGAACGCUGCUGGAGAAUGUUGCGUCCAGGCUGGGUUUAGGUUGGCUGGAGGUGGUCCGCUUUGAGAAGCGAGUGACGGAUGCAUUGGAAAUCCAAGAAGGCGUAGAGCAAAUGAAGCACCAAGAGAUCAUUGAAGGCAGGGAGAAGUCGGCUAGAAAGAAACGAUAUGUCAUGGUAGGAUUGGCAACUAUAGGUGGUGGGUUAGUGAUUGGUUUAUCCGCUGGGUUACUCGCACCCGUGAUUGGUGCGGGGAUUGGCGCCGCGCUUACAACGGUCGGAGUGACCGGCACGGCAGGUUUCCUGGGUGGAGUCGGGGGCGCUGCUGCGAUUACCACAGGCGGUGUGCUCACGGGGUCUGGUAUCGCAGCUAGGGGCAUGUCACGACGCACACAACAAGUGAGGACGUUUGAUCUGCUCCCCCUCCAUAAUAACAAGAGAGUUUCGUGCAUCAUCACCGUGCCUGGGUUCAUGGCAGGCCCGCGAGACGACGUGCGGUUACCGUUUAGCGUCUUGGACCCCCUCGUCGGCGACGUGUUCAGCGUACGCUGGGAACCCGAGAUGAUGGGUGAAACUGGAAAUGCCCUCAAAUUAUUGACAGCUGAGGUCUUGUCCCAAGUGGGUCAGACAGUAUUGCAAGCGACGGUUAUGACUGCACUAAUGAGUGCUUUGCAAUGGCCAAUUGUCCUCACGAAACUCGGUUAUCUCAUCGACAAUCCUUGGUCUAACGCAUUAGACAGAGCCAAGGCGGCUGGAUUCGUUCUAGCUGAUAUCUUGAUGAAUCGCAGUUUGGGCGUUCGGCCUAUCACGCUGAUGGGCUUUUCCCUUGGGGCUCGCGUCAUUUUCUUUGCUUUGCUGGAACUCGCCAAGCAAAAGGCCUUUGGAAUCGUCCAGGACGUGUUCUUCUUUGGAGCGACUGUCACUGCUCCAAUGCAAUCCUGGUUUGAAGUCCGUGGAGUCGUGUCAGGACGCUUUGUCAAUUGUUACGCCUGUAAUGAUUGGAUACUUAACUAUUUGUUCAGAGCAACUUCUGGUGGGGGCACUGUCGCUGGGUUGCGACCCAUUGAAGGUGUUCCUGGUCUGGAGAAUGUUGACGUGACGGACAAAAUCUCCGGCCAUUUAAGCUAUCGCAUCUACAUGCCUGUCAUUUUGGAUCAAUUGGGUUUCCCAGUUACCGCAACGUAUUUCGAUGAACCUGAGGAACCUGAUAUGACACAGGACCGUAUUGUGAUGCGAGAAGCCGCUGAAAUGACGGCUGCGAAGAACCGCUCCGGCCUCCUCGAAAAUAAGUCGGAAACUGUCACCUCGGAGACGCCCCCGAAGCUAGAAAGUACCCCGUUGCCACCUUCGAUACCAUCAACCUCGUCAUCCACACCGGUACCUUCCGGCGAUGACGACCUGCCUGAGCGGGUUGAGCACCCUUCAACUUCUACCAAAGUCACUUCAUCCCUAUCUCCCAUACCUGACCCAAAGAUACCUGCCAAAGCUGGGUUCGAUUUCCAGGCUAUUGGAAAGGCAUUAGGGAAAGGAGAUGACUUUAACCCUGAACAUAUUCCCACUGUUGUCCUUGCCCCUAAGCCACAACCUUCUGGAGCCCCUACCAGUGCUCCUUCGCUGGGACGUUCGGAAUCAGCGCCCCCACCUCUAACGCAAGACCCUUCCCCACUGGCCACCCCAAAGGUCAAGCCUCGUGACCUAGAUCAUCUAAGUGAAGAAGCUUCUCAAGCCGGUACCUUACCGUCGAUGGAAGAGCUGCGGCAGAACUUCACCCGCUCAAUGUCAUUCGAGGUUAGUUCACAGCGUGAUGAACCAGAUCUUCAGGGGACAUCAACUAGUUAUACAUCGUCACUCCCGAAGCCACAAGAAUCUUGGUUGCCAGGCAAUCGAGCGACUCCUUCAUGGCCACCCGCUAGUUCACUCCUUUCAUUCGCAUCGUCUGAUGGUACUGUUUGGGCUCCCAAUAAAGAGACGGCAUCUUCUCCUCAAUACGCGUCCCGCUUUACCGAGCGCGGCUCAUCUUCAGGAUCAUUUUCAGACUUGGAACCCUCAAUAUCCUUUGGCUCGGUUGAUGGAUCGGUGAGUUCAUAUGAUACAGGAACUCGGGUAGACCGCGACCCAUGGGCGCCGAUGCCAAUCGGGCUAGCUGCUGCAAUAGCAAACAAGACAUCUUACACUAUGAACCCAUGGGAGAAAUAG